UUUCUAUUGAUUGUUCAAUUGAAUUUUUAUCAUUAUUCUUGAUAAGCAUAUGCAUCAGCUUCUUAAUUAAUCCUUUGUUAUUAUAUUAUUUUUCUUUUAGUUAUAUAGUGUGGAUAGUCAAGAAAUGGAAAGUAGUAUAGUUAAUGCUUCGGCUACUUCAAGAAAACGUAGAAGAGAUGAAGAGGAGGAAGAAGAACUUGAACAAAUAUUUUUCAUUAUUGUUAGUGUUGUCACUAUGCUUUUGGGUGCACUGACUUGGUAUCAUGACAAGUAUUUUGUUAAGGAACCUGCCCGAAAUUUGGAAUUAGAAAGGCAUAGUUUCCUCAAUCGUCUAUACAGGGGAACAGAAACUGAUUGCAUUGAACAAUUAAGGGUCAGUAAAAAGGCAUUUUUUAAGCUUUGUAGAAUUUUACAAGAGAAAGGGCAAUUGGUAAAAACAAAAAAUGUUCCUAUAGAUGAAGCUGUGGCAAUGUUUUUGCAUAUCCUUGCUCACAACCUAAAGUAUAGAGUUGUGCACUUUAGUUAUUGUAGAUCCAUGGAAACAAUUAGUAGGCAAUUCAAGAAUGUCCUGCGAGCUAUAAUGAAAGUAAGCAAAGAAUAUUUGAAGUUCUAUGAGUAUAAUCUAGAGGGCUCGGUGGAAAACAAAUGGAGAUGGUUUAAGAAUUCGAUUGGAGCACUUGAUGGGAUACAUAUUCCAGUAACAGUUUCUGCAGAAGAUAGACCUAGAUAUCGUAAUAGAAAGGGUGAUAUCUCUACAAAUGUUUUAGGAGUUUGUGGUCCAGAUUUAAGGUUUAUAUAUGUGUUGCCCGGGUGGGAAGGGUCAGCAGGAGAUUCUCGAGUAUUGCGAGAUGCUUUGCGUCGUCAAAAUUGUCUCCAUAUACCAAAUGGUAAAUAUUUUCUUGUGGAUGCGGGGUAUACAAAUGGCCCUGGAUUUUUAGCACCUUAUCGAGGGACUAGAUAUCAUCUUAAUGAGUGGAUCGGAAACACUCCUCAAAACUACAAGGAGUUAUUUAAUCUUCGUCAUGCAAGUGCAAGGAAUGUUAUUGAAAGGUCAUUUGGGGUAUUGAAGAAAAGAUGGAGUAUAUUAAGAACUCCUUCUUUUUUUGAUAUAAAAACACAAAUAAGAAUUAUUAAUGCUUGUUUCAUGCUACAUAAUUUCAUAAGAGAUGAACAACAUAGUGAUCCAAUUUUGGAAGCCCAAGACUUGGAACUUUUAUCUAUUGUUGAUAAUGAGUUAAUCAAUCAACAAAUGGAAAGAGUCACAAAUAAUAUUGGAGAUGAAGUCACAACUAUCCAAGCAACUGAGGAAUGGACAAGAUUCCGUGAUACUUUAGCAAUGAAUAUGUUUGCCACCUAUCAAAUAAGAAGAAACUUUGAUUAGAGAGAUGUUUUUAGUGGAUUUGGAUUUUGUUUCUUAUGUGUAAUUGACUCUAUACUCAUGUAUGUGUGAUACUUUGGAUUUUUGUAUUUCAUAAUACUUUGGAUUUUGUUUUCUUUCUAUGUGUAGUUAAUUUUAUACUUUC